AUGGUGGAUGUUGUACAAUGGAAUUUAGGACCUUUGCCUAGAAAAGAAAGAGUUUUUAGGGGCCAAGACCCUCUACAAAUGAAUUUUUCUGAUGAGCAUUUACGCCAAAGAUUUAGGUUUGGAAGGGAAAGCAUAGAGUUCAUUUCAGACUUGCUUAGAGAUGACCUACAAAGUGCAACUGCAAGGUGCACAGCACUGAGUGUUGAGGAGCAGGUUAUGAUGUCUCUUCGUUUUUUUGCCAGUGGUUCACAUCUUCACGUUAUAGGUGACACUAUGGGCCAUGACAAAACUACUGUGUCCCGGGUGUUAACUAAAUUUACUGAUGCAUUAAUUGCAAAGAGGGACCAGUUCAUCAAAUGGCCAUGUACGCCGGAUAAGUUGAGUGAAGCUAAAAAUGGUUUCUUUGAAAAAGCAGGCUUCCCCAAUGUUAUUGGCUGUGUAGAUGGAACACAUGUACGAAUUCAAGCACCCGCAGAUGAUGAACCAAUCUUUGUUAAUCGCAAAGGCUUUCACAGUGUGAAUGUGCAAGGGAUUUGUGACCAUAAUUGUAAGACAAAUUGUGAAAGAAAAAUCAAAUCAAAUCAUAAGAAUAUAAUAAGUACUUAUUUGGAUCAAAAACCAUCAAGAAUGGUCUAUGAAUUGUUGUUUAGAUAUAUAAUAAGUACAUUUAUAUCAUUCAUAUUUCAAAUUUUAGGUCUCUUUACAAAUGUAAGUGCAAACUGGCCAGGGUCAUGUCAUGACGCCCAUGUAUUUAAAACAUCUGCAGUUGGAAUUCAUCUGCAGAAUCAGUAUACCAGUAUCGAGCAAGGUGCUGUAUUAGGAGACAGUGGUUACCCAUGUCGUCCAUUUCUGCUAACACCAUUUAGGCAACCAAUAGAACAGAAAGAACAAAACUUUAAUAAAGCUCAUAUAUCAACAAGAUGCACAAUUGAGAGAACAUUUGGAAUUUGGAAACAAAGGUUUCGACUUCUAAAAACUGGUAUUAGAAUGAGACCAGACCGAGCAUGUAAAUUUAUUGUAGCGUGUGCGAUUCUACACAAUAUAGCCAUGAUGCUGAAAGAACCGAUUAUAGCUAAUGAUGAUAUUCCAGAGGAACAACCAAUGAUACAACCAUACAUUGGACAACAAGAUGGUCGAGGAAUAAGGAACCACUAUGCAACAAAUUUUUUCUUAUAAUAAAAAAAUUAGUUGAGAAUAAAUUUCAUACAAAUUUUGUUUUAAACUUUCCUUAUCAUGAUACUAGUAAUCACCAUUCAGUUGUACAUACAUAUACUGUAAAUUCUGAAAUUAUUGAAUGUAUUUAUUAAGGGGGACAGUCAUUGUCCUUUCUGGAAAUCUUUUAUGUGAUAAACAUGUUUUUAAAGUACACAGAACAGUAACAAUUAAAAAAUAACAACAUUAAAACAAAAAGCGUUUUUUUAAGAAUCUUCAAAACAAGAUGACAUGGCGGCAAGGUAUGCAACCUGAGAACCAGUAAGUGUUGGUGAAAUGUUAUCAUCUUCAUUCAAUUUUCUGAGCAGUUGUAUUUGAAGAGCAACCUUUUGUGACUGUUUUUUCUCCUUUUCUGUCU